ACGACCCAUUAUAGGACGCCGAGUCCGAACAUAAUCACGACGGCGGUGUGGGAGAUUCAACUACCGAGACAGAUCGAGAUGAUACAACUACGGUUGCUCCAGAGAGUCGCCACCCUGCCGACGAGGAGAAUAACCCGCACAUUGCGCGCAUGGAAGCCAACUUGGAUUUCACCUCAGAGUUCCCAAUAGCGACAAGCACGGCGGCUUCUUGGCGUUCGACGCCGGCGGAAAUCUCUGAGCGGGCGGAAAAGCCGGCCAGCACCUCUCUCGAGGAGCACAAUACAAUUUCGUUAAAGGCACGGGAGGUAUCCCUGACUUUAGCAUGUCGUGCAGUGGCUGCUAUAAGCCAUCGUCAACCAGCCCCUAAUACGGAAGCCUCGAGAGCAGACAGUCCUCCUAUUCACAGAAUUACGACACCAAAUGAAAAGCCGUCCUCCGUCGGGCCAACAGCGCGGACAAUGGUUUUCGAUCCAGUACGGUCAUCAUCAACGCAAUCACAGUCACUACAUAUACCGCGGGAUAACAUCCUGAAAAAUCACUUCCGACAACCAACCGUACCGGAAGCGGAGGAUAAUGAAGUACGUACCGCUCAAAGUCUUAUCACUAUCUCGGACGGCAGCCCGGUCCGCGCCUCUGCAACUCAGCAAUUACCUCCGGUAUCGUUUGGGUCGAGUUUCCUGGCGACUCAGACUUUCGGUGUCGCAACGCAUCCUGCGGGACGGCCAACACUCGCACGACACCAAUUCAUCGUACUAGCUCCAGCACAAAGGCAGUCAUUGGAAAGGGAACCCCCCGCCCCCGGUGGUCGCCCGUUUUCACAAAUACCCCCGAGACAUAGCCAUCCAUCUUCCGGUUUUGUGUCUCACUAGACGAGUCCUGGCCUGGGGAGUGCACACGGUAGCCGGCUGCCUCCGGUGUCUCAGGGUUUUGGGUUGCCACGUAUGGUAUCAGAUGGCGACCAUAUUGGUGAAGACCUAGCUAGCAGCAAGUUUCCUUAUCCGGACUGCC